UUCCCACCACUACAGCGCUCUGCUCUCCCCCCGGAAGCACAUCUAUUCACGUGUAGCAUUUUUCAACCUUGAAAACCAACGUUGUCCAGUUGUUAGCAUUUUAUCUGUCUGAUUAUAUUGCUGCAGCGAUGUCAGCAACAAGAAUGGUCUACCCUCUCUACCAGUUGGGAAACCCCCAGCUGAGGAUCUUCAGGCCCAACUGGUUUCUGACUCUGGUGAGGCCGGGAAAGGAGCAGCCUCCUGACACCGUCCAGUUUCGUAUCCCGAUGGACAUGACCAAAUAUGAUGUGAAGAACUACUUGGAGAAGAUCUAUAACGUCCCAGUUGGAGUAAUUCGCACGAGGAUACAAUUUGGGUCCAACAAAAAGAGGAAUCACCUCAACCAGAAGGUUAAGAAGCCAGAUUAUAAAGUGGCCUAUGUUCAGCUGGCACAAGGUCAGACAUUCACCUUCCCCGACAUCUUCCCAGAAAAGGACUGGACGCCGAAGGAGGGCUCCAUGGAAGAAAUGCAGGAGAAGUUCCUGGAGGACGAGAAGCAGAGGCAGAAACUCGACCCCAGGAGAGGAGGGGUCACCGAGUGGUUUGGACUCUGAACCAGGGGGCCCUUGGAGCAACGUGUAUUGAUUUGAAAUGCAACCUCUGUGAUGUCACUUUUAUUUCACUGCUGAAACACGAGCGCGUAGCGAAAAAGAGCAAGUGUGUGUGUGUGUGUGUGGGAUAUGGCAGACAUAAGUUCAGUGUGUUUGUGAGGUCGGAGUCCAAGAACCAAAAGACAAGAGGAAUUGGAGAAGGAGGCUUUGUCUUUAAUGACACAAGCCCACCACACACAUUGUCCAUCACCUCAGAUAACCCCCUCUUCUUUCUCGUCCUCAUGUUCUUCCCAUACAUAUGUCACAUUUGUUUCUUUUCGUUUUUUGUUUUGUCGAAGUAUCCUUCUUAUCUGUCAACCCUGUUGUCUCACUUCUCUUCAUCUUCCUGCGAGAUACUUGAUCCUCAGCCCCAGCAGAAAGCAGCAACUGUGUGUGUGUGUAUAUAUAUAUAUAUAUAUAUAUAUAUAUAUAUAUAUAUAUAUAUUCCCAGCUGGUUGGAUCCAACUGCCUGAACUGUCACAUCAUUUCCUUGUCUUGGAUUAAUUACCUAGAUUUGGUAAACAAAAGAUGGGAUGUUGUUUCAGAAAGCAGAUAUGUGCAGUUUGCAGUGGCAUCAUUAUAUUUUGUGGUAACAACUAUUGCCGUGACCAUAAAUAAAGCCUUUACCCGA